GCAGCGCGGGGACGAGCGUGGGGGGUAGGGCGAGUCAUAUGACCCGUUCGGCUUCCUGGCUUCGGCCGCUGCAGCCGCCAGCCCGUGCCCGCCAGCGUCGCGCCGGGGUCCCGAGGAGCCUUUGGGGGGUCCGGGCUCAGGCCCACUUGUGUGGAGGUCGUGCCACCGCUGCCUGCCCGCUCACCCGUCCGUCCUUCCUCCCAGCCGCCAUCAUGCUGGCUCUCAUCUCCCGCCUGCUGGACUGGUUCCGCUCGCUCUUCUGGAAGGAGGAGAUGGAGCUGACGCUCGUAGGGCUGCAGUACUCGGGCAAGACCACCUUCGUCAAUGUCAUCGCGUCAGGUCAAUUCAGUGAAGAUAUGAUACCUACAGUGGGCUUCAACAUGAGGAAAGUAACUAAAGGUAACGUCACAAUAAAGAUUUGGGACAUAGGAGGACAACCCCGCUUCCGGAGCAUGUGGGAACGGUACUGCAGAGGGGUCAACGCUAUUGUCUACAUGAUAGAUGCUGCAGAUCGUGAAAAGAUAGAAGCCUCUCGAAAUGAACUACAUAAUCUUCUAGAUAAACCACAGUUACAAGGCAUUCCAGUGCUAGUACUCGGAAACAAGAGAGAUCUUCCUAAUGCCUUGGAUGAGAAACAGCUAAUUGAAAAAAUGAAUCUGUCUGCUAUUCAGGAUAGAGAAAUUUGCUGCUAUUCAAUUUCUUGCAAAGAAAAGGAUAAUAUAGAUAUCACACUUCAGUGGCUUAUUCAACAUUCAAAAUCUAGAAGAAGCUGAAGCAUCUCCUGAAGUCUUCCAGUCCUUCCUGGCUAUAAUCCUAGAAUUAUUGUCCGUUCCUCUGAAGUACUUCCCAGAAUAUGGUCCUUCCUAAACCCAAGAAAUUGCCUUUUUCAGAGUUUAUUUCUCAUGUGCACUGCUGAAGAUGUGUAUCCUUAAUCCUUCAUAAAGAAUCAGCUAGAGUUGUCAUGAUAAAGUCAGCACCCAAAAGGCUUCUUAUACAUACUUGUCUUAAACAGUGUGUAGAGCUUUUUUUAAAAAAACCACACUUUUGACCACCUUAAAUCAAGAAAAAUUGCAUAUUUCUGUUCUGGUCUUUCUGGGCCAGGUUUUUAUAUUGGUUUUCAGUAAUUGUCUGUCUAUGAUAUUUCAUUAUAGAGUCCAGUAGCUUAAUACUGAUACUGACUUGAUACAGCAUGAAGUUUCUAGGGCCACAAACAGUAUUUAGAAAACCUUUAGCCUGACUCAUGUGGGAUAGAAACAAAAUGUUUACAUAUCUCACAAAUGCAUGUGAAAUGUAUAAUUACACCUUAGGAAUUUUAAAAAUGGUCUGCAAAGAGUGAAUAGAGGCACCAGAUCAAUGUUGUUGUUCCUUCUUUACACAGGCAAGAUCUUGGGCAAUGAAUUUUAAACACGUUCUGCUUUCUGAGAGUUCUUCUCCAGGUAGUUGGGGGUACAGGAGGAACUGAGCCGUGCUGUUUUGUAUCUGUCCAGAUCAUUACUUCUAUAGUUUUUCUUUUCUUUUUCCUGGUUCAACACACUUUUUUUAAGGGGUUGGGAAUUGAAGAUUUUCUCAAAAGCUUUCAUGAAUUUAGAGCAUUCCAGCCAAUACAAUAAAACGUGUUAAGAAUGUCA